UCAUCUCAUCAUUCCUUUCGUAGUGUUCAAAAAUGGCGAGUCGUGGACCAAAUCGUCGUCCGGCGCAAGAAGUCGAUAAUACCAUCUCGUACGUCCAGUGCGAUGGCCUGGCUGCGAUGAAAAUGGUUAAGCACUGCCAUGAAGAAUCGGCGAGUAAUAUGGAAGUGGCACAGGGUGCCCUUCUGGGUUUGGUGGUAGAUGAUCGGCUGGAAAUCACCAACUGUUUCCCGUUCCCGAAGUCUUCCGAUGAGACGAUUGAUGAGGAAGAGUACCAGCUGAACAUGAUGCGCCGUUUGCGUCUGGUAAAUGUGGAUCACUUCCACGUCGGGUGGUACCAAAGUGCCGACGUUGGCAACUUCCUGUCGUUGCCUCUGCUGGAAUCGCAGUAUCAUUAUCAGACCAGUAUUGAGGAGUCGGUUGUGGUCAUCUACGAUACGCAGAAGUCGGCUCGCGGAUUCCUGACGUUGAAGGCCUACCGGCUGACCCCGCAGGCCAUUGCCAUGUACAAGGAGGAGAAAUUCACUCCAGAGGCGCUGCGUAAUCUCAAGGUUGGUUACGAGAAUCUGUUCAUUGAGAUUCCAAUCGUGAUCAAGAACUCGGGUCUCUGCAACAUCAUGAUGUCGGAGAUGACGGAAAUGGUCCCGGAGGAAGAAGGUACGCACUUUUUGGAUCUGGGAACUGCUUCCGUACUGGAGAACCAUUUGCGUUGUCUGAUGGAUCGCGUCGAUGAGCUCAACCAGGAAGCAAACAAGUUCAACAAAUAUCAGCAAACGGUCAUCCGACAGGAACAGGACAAACAUCGCAUGUUGGCCAAACACGCUCAGGAGAACGCGGCCCGCAUCGCCAAGGGUGAAACUGCGGUUCCGGAAGAGGAAGUUCAGAAACUGUUCCGUCCGUUGCCGGUACCGUCGAGGUUGAACCCGAUGAUCGUAUCCGGUCAGAUCAACACCUAUUCCCAGCACAUUUCACAAUUCUGCUCUCAAUCGUUGGCUAAGCUGUACAUGACUCAAGCCCUGCAAGGUGCCAAGGAAAAUAAACAGUAAAGCGCGUGUUGUUGAAAGUAAAGCAGAUGAACACUUUUCGAAGGGACAUUUUGAGAAACACUUGAUGCAUCCUAGAGUGUGAAGUAGACACAAUUCGAACAUUUCCAUUUAGGCGAGAGUUCAGAAGAGAAGAUAAACUAGUAGACGGAAAAGUUUUUGUUGGAGUAAGAUAUCGUUGAAGUACUGAAGAAUCAGAAUAAAAAAAGGAAACCGUCACCGUAUAAGUUCUAAGCAACAUCUGAGGAUAACGAUCGGGACGAGUUUCCACACAAGAA